UUUCCCGGAUUUCUCCCGGAUUUUCCCCUUUUCCAGGUGGCUCUCCUGGAGACCAAUCCGUACCUCCUGGCUCUCACCAUCGUCGUCUCCAUCGUCCACAGCGUCUUCGAGUUCCUGGCCUUCAAAAACGACAUCCAGUUCUGGAACAGCCGGCAGUCCCUGGAGGGCCUCUCGGUGCGCUCGGUGUUUUUCGGGGUGUUCCAGUCCCUGGUGGUGCUCCUGUACAUCCUGGACAACGAGACCAACGUGGUUGUUCAGCUCAGCGUCCUGGUGGGGCUCCUCAUCGACCUCUGGAAGAUCACCAAGGUCAUGGACGUGCGGCUGGAGCGGCAGCAGAAAGUGGCCGGGAUCUUCCCCCGGCUGAGCCUCAAGGACAAAUCCACCUACGUGGAAUCCUCCACCAAGGUCUACGACGACAUGGCGUUCCGGUACCUGUCGUGGCUGCUGUUCCCGCUGCUGGGCUGCUACGCCGUCUACAGCCUGCUCUACCUGGAGCACAAGGGCUGGUACUCCUGGCUCCUGGGGAUGCUCUACGGCUUCCUGCUCACAUUCGGAUUCAUCACCAUGACCCCCCAGCUGUUCAUUAACUACAAGCUGCAGUCGGUGGCUCACCUGCCCUGGCGGAUGCUCACCUACAAGGCCCUCAACACCUUCAUCGACGACCUCUUCGCCUUCGUCAUCAAGAUGCCCAUGAUGUACAGGAUAGGCUGCCUGAGGGACGGUACGGAGCCAAAUCCCGGGAAUUCCGGGAAUUCCGGGAAUUCUGGGAGGGAUUUGGGGAUUCUGGAGGAGAUUUCGGGGCUCCAGGAGGGAGUUUUGGGGCUCUAAAGGGGAAUUUUUGGGUUUUUUA